ACUUUGGUUGUUCCCAUCUGAAACUCUAGAAGACAUGCCUAAAUCAAAGCGAGACAGACCAGUUACUUUGUCAAAGACAAAGAAGAAAGGAAGGGAGCACAAGGAGAGUAUUGUAAAUGGAAUCAGAGAGUUAGUCGAAAAAUAUUCAUCUGUAUAUGUUUUCUCGUUUGAAAACAUGAGAAACAUUAAAUUCAAGGAGUUCAGAAAACAGUUUAGGACCAAUGGAAGGUUCUUCCUCGGCUCCAACAAAGUAAUGCAGGUUGCUCUUGGUCGUUCGGCUUCUGAUGAAAUCCGUCCUGGCAUUUUUAAAGUCUCCAAGUUGCUUCAUGGUGAUGCUGGACUUCUUGUUACGGAUAUGCCAAAGGAAGAGGUGGAGAGGUUAUUUAAUGCUUAUGAGGAUUCUGACUUUUCAAGGACUGGAAGCACUGCAGUAGAAACGAUUGAACUGAAGGAAGGUCCUCUAGAACAGUUCACACAUGAGAUGGAACCGUUUCUAAGGAAGCAGGGUAUGCCUGUUCGACUCAACAAAGGUACGGUGGAGUUACUAUCUGACUAUGUAGUUUGUGAAGAAGGAAAGCCUCUUUCACCAGAAUCUUCCCGCAUUUUGCGUUUGUUGGGAAUCAAGUUGGCUACUUUCAAACUCAACUUAGUCUGCAGAUGGAGCCCUAGUGACUUUGAGCUUUACCGAGAAGGUUUGGAUCUCUCAGACGUUGAAACCUCUUAAGUUUUUGAUCAACUCUUUUAAGUUUAUACUUGCUCUCUGUGGUUUUGGCUUUGCACUUUGGGUCUUCUAUGUCAAAGUUUUGUUGCUUGUAGUGUUUGUAGAAUAUCAAAUUAUCUUUGAGAGUUCCCUAUUCUUGAGUGAAACAACAUCUAUCUUAAUCCUAGCACUACAGCAAUGGCAAUCUCAUCUACUACUUGUUCAUAACAUAUUUGCUUACAUCUGCUGUGAGUUAG